GCCGUGCCAGCAACCGUACAGCGACGCGUAUUAUAACAUUACCGACAAAGACAAGGUUGGGUAUGGCUGGCUAACGACGGCUAAUAAUCCAGUAAUGACCAUUCCAGUCUCCAUUGUCUUAGUCGGUAAUGCUAUUCUGCCCAUAUUACGCGCCGCUGUGUGGUUGCUGGCGAGGCUCGAGAGAGAGAGAGAGAGAGUCCCAAGGCACAACGGGACGAAUCAGUUCCGUAACGUGAUCGGAGGUCAUCCCUCUGCCAUUUCUCUAUACCAUGUUCAAUUUUAAACUCCGGUUAAUUUCUCUUAUUCUCCAUUGUUUUUAUUGUCUUCUCUUGCCAACAGCAAAAAUUGUCCCUUCACUUGCGCCGACACGCGAACCCGACCUCACAAGUUUCCGUCUCUCAGCGGCCCUCAACCCUCCUCCAAAGACGCAGUCGAUUACUGGCAGGAGCCGGAGUGCCGCCACGACGACGCAAAUGUGUGCCACUCAAGGAGCUCAAUGAGGCCUGGGAGACGGACAGCCAGAGCAGCGUACUCUCACUGCUCGCCUAACACUUCCCCCCCCCUCUACGUCCUCCACUCCACUUGUGUUUUGCUCUGCCAAACUUCCCUCAGGCUGUAUCUUUUGUACAUAAAUGUUUUUUGGAAGAGUCAGGCUGCAAAGAUUCAUUAACGUGACCUCUGCCAUUCUUGCCUGUGUGAGAUCCGCGUCACCCGUAUUGUGGCCAGGAACAUCUGCAGUCGGUGCCAGAUCGUGUGUGUGGUCCGCUUAGACGUGAGGCUUAGCCUUGUCAACAGCUGCGCCGGCGUCUGCCGGUCGUCUUGGCGGCAUCUGGCCAUGAGAGCAAGGUGGCUGUUUCGCGAGUCUGCCUCAAAAUAAACUAAUUCACGCUUAAGUCCCUGAUGCUGUGCGCAUUCCCUAAGGCGCACAGUAGGCAUUGUCGCUUGUGGCUGUCGAACUAGUAAUACGACUAACUCCCUCGAAGUCUUUGCCGGUUCUUCCGGGACGUCAAGUGUACAGAUGUUCUACCGAUUAAAAUUUCACCGGUUUGAAUUUUGAGUCGUGUGGAAAUUGCCCAACAGUUUAUUACGGAAAACGACUGUCUCCCACAAAAAACUGAAUUGUAAAACACCUCGUUGCUUUCCAUUCUCGGUUCUUAGACACCGACCGGGACAAUUUCUCCGUAGGCCCCGUCUUUCCGUUGGGAUUCCGGCUUUAUCUAUGCAACUUUCUGUUCUAAUAUACUAUCUCAAACUGUUAGCGUUUCCGUGCAACGUCUGCAAAAGGCUGAGUCGGCAUAUUUUUGUUAACUCUGCUGGUUGCGCUGUUUAAAGUCAGCUCCUUAUGAAACCAGGAUUGGGUGACGACGUCUGCCGGACCUUCCACUCUCCAGAAAUUUCGGCAGACCCGACGUGACCAGUUACCGCCUAAGUCGACGUUAAGCCAGCUGACUUUUCAACCGUAACAUGGGACAUAUUCCAAAGGUCGCUGGGUAGUAAAUGAGUUCCUGAAGUCCGACACCAGACUCGCGGAGGCCGAUUUGACGACCAAAUUGGUAUCUGGACAUAUUGACCGUGGUGAAUAUCCCAGAUACUACUACAAAACCUUGCGAAGGAACCAUAUCGCCGCCACCUCAGGCACAUUACGGCGACAUGCAGAAAGUCAUCUGGAGAGACUUCAGCACUUAUGCGAGAGACAGCGGCCCUCGGUAAUCUUGGAAUUCUCGAGAGACUGACGUUUGGAGACUAUGCGCAGACAGAAAUAAGAGAAUCUACCUCAGGUGGAGGAAGCUCCUACGAGGUGUCCUACCAGUGAAAGGGCAGACCGUCCUUUCGAACAAUCCGGAGCAGUACGUCUAUUACUCUACUUCAAUGCGUCUUAACAAAACUCUUGCGGAAGUACUAUCUCUUGGUCCUAAGUUUUGCAUUGCACGACGGAGGCAGAAGCAAUUAAAGCUCGAAAUCCAACUCGAGUGUCUUCAACAAGAGAGGUUCAUCCUCCGGAAUAUUAGGGAGCGUGCCAUGAAGCACUCCAUUGCAACUUGAGAAAUGGAAGACUUACUUCUAUGACUGCCUCUUCUAGGAGACGCAGCAAGCGAAUUAAUGAAACGACGUCUAGGGACGGCUAUCGCGAGUGCCUUCCCCGCGGCGAACUUGCGCGUAUUCCUUGCAAGUCCCCUCCUGCGGUUGGGAGGCAACGAAGGACUUCCGUUGCAGGCCACGUCAACGUGCAUUUAUUUACCCACCCGGUCCCGCGGAGCUGGAUGCAUUGGUUGCACAACGAGUCGUCUGGAGAAGAGGGUAUACAAAUAAAUACCCGUCUGGCUAGGUAAAGGGGAAGUCGAUCGACUUGAAGUUCAACUCUCGCACAUUUAAUCGAUACGAACCACCAAGUCGAAGCCAAACCAACUGCAUUUUACAUAAUUUCGAGAAGCGUGGUGAACGUAUGCACUGCUGCCCAAAAUGGCUCGAUCUCGCGGCCAUUGUCGUACCGGCCGACGGUUCAGACCGCUCGGCCACCUCGCCACGGCGGCGGUCGACCACACGAUCUCACUGAUUGUAUGAGCAGACCACAUGCAAAUAAGAUUUGUAAUGGAUACCGGCUGUUAGACCUCAAGGCUAACCAUCUUGGGAGAGUGAUCGAACGUAUAAAAACUCUUCUGCAAUGUAAUUUAGGCACAACUGACGAUAAAAAUGUACCCAGUGGACGAAUAACAAGGAAUAAAGCAAGAUCAUCUUACUUAAAAGGCACUUCAACAGUGCCUUCUGUAGCAGAUGCGACAGAACUAGAAUAAACACUGAAAUAUCGGAACGACGGCGGCCUGCGAAGAAAUCAAACGACUAGGAAUGAGAGAAAUCCAGUGGUAAGAAAGUCAGUGGAAAUAAACAGCCUAGUGCCGAGGGUCUAACAACCGUUAUCAACGCCCAGAGAAAUUUAGAAUUGCAUGAACCCAGCGCGAAUCAAUCAACGUAAUUACAGACCAUUAUUCAGUGUCGUCCGUGUCAGCGCUUCCAAGUCUGUCAAAGCAGGGGUAGAACAACAAAACCGCGAAAUAAGCCAUCUGUUCAGCCAUCACCGGCCUAUAUCCCCAGAGCGCCACACCCUUUAGAGAGCGAUACGCCAGUAGAAAAUACGAACGAAAUCGUCAGAGAACAAUGUCGCAUUAGUCAGUGUCUGCCUGAAUUAAACACCAACACUCCCAAUGAGCGGAUUUCGGAAGACCAAACGCCCUUCCAAAGCCUGCUUUAUAAUAUUGUGAAACCCUCUGAGGCCAUUGAAGUGCUCAAAGCCUCCCGUCUUUAAAAAAAUGAGCAAACAGUCAGUCGGCAUCAACACGCUCUCGGCCUGUAAGGAACAAGCCAGACUGAUUCUCCCGGCACUUUUGAUAAAAUGCGCCAACAUUAGCGUUCUUUCUUCCAUCGGACUACUCACCAGCAGAGAGACUGAAAAGUCUUCUAGUUCUAGAACCGAAAAAGACUCAGCGAAGAAGAACGCAAUUGGGUAAUCUACAACAACCAAGUCAAGCAGCGCCCAUUGCUUUUUCUUUAGGCGGAUCCGAUUCGGGUGACCGGCGCAGUAAGCGAAGGUUCGAACAGCGUUGAAACCAACUCUCCCGUAAAUCGCAAACUUUAAUUCAUACUCACCAACGUGCAAAGCUCGUCGAGCUUAAGAUGCACCUCUCUAAUCUAUCUCCGGAUGUAAUCUCACUGACAGAACUUUGGUUGUUUCAACACGUGGACAACCGGGAGUUGACUACCCAGAUACCAGCUGUUCAGAAGAGACAAGCCAAGACGUCUGAGGGGAGGCUUACUCGUGUAUGCAAAACAUGGGUCUAUAGUUUCAGACAAAACGGAUAAAUUUGCGUGUACUCCCGGGGCUGUCUGGCGGACUAUUAAAGCACCGGAUUAACCAAAUCUCGACGUUCUGAUAGUCUACCGACCGCCGAUAAAUAAUCCCACGGCUGACAUCUGCCUGCUUGAGGACCCAGAAAUAUUUUCUGCUCUGACGCCUUAAUCAUGGAAGGCUUUAAUGCACUACUUACUGACUAGAGUUCAGCUUACACCCUCGGUCCAGUUCAAGCUUUUGACCGAUGUUUGCCAGACAUGGCACUUAAGUUAUUCCUCACUCAGCACGCCUUGUUGUGGGGGUGCGUCAUCUUUUUUCUGUGCCCGAAAAACCCACCAGAAUUAGAAGGCAUAUUUGGCGCGACGAUUGUGAUCAAAAGAAAGCUGGAAUAAACAACAUCACCUGGGAAUCAGCUUCUUCCCGCAACAUAGUUGAAGAUUGGUUCAGUGAGUUGUUGCGCAUUCUCCUUAGAAACUACUGCCCGACUACACGGGAGACUGAACAACAGACUCUAGAGGCUGACUCAAUCUUAAGAGAUGGAAGUGAAUAAAAAGCGGAGACUGUGAAAAAAAAAUUCUUCUCGGACAAGAACCCUGUGUCGAUAUAUGUGUACAAGGCGCAGAGAAGCCUAGUUAGGCGACUAAUCCUCAGGACACGUCAUGCUUUCGAGAAAGGCCUGCUGGACCGAGCCGCAGAGAACCCAGAGUUAUUUUAUGGUUACAUAAGGCGCAAAAACUGAAGCCCAAUCCUCCUAUUGAAGACUGGUGAAGAUCUAGAGCUUAGUGAGAACAAGGCAAAGGCGGAACACCUUUCGCAAUGUUUCUUUACGGAGCAAAGCGCAUUUAUUUUCCCCGAAUGCGACCUAGUGGAGGACCCAACGAUCUAGACUUUCUUUUGCCGAAACUAUUGCUCUCGAGGAACUGUUGAUACUGAAUGAAUCAAAAUCACCCGGGCCGGUUGACACCACCCAGAUUGCUGAAGGAGUUCGCUGCAGAACUAUCCAAAUCGCUGUCCCUGCUCUUUCAAACCUCGUUUGAAGCAAGCUGUCCACCGACUGGAUUACACCACUGUAUAAAGACAGUAGCAAGGUCUCAGCAAACAACCACAGACCGAUCAACCUUCCUUCAGUCUGCUGCAAAAGUAUGUAGAAAGUAACUAAGUGAGAGCUAGUGCGCUUCCUAGAGCAGCAUAAUCUGGUAUGCGAUUCCCGGCAUGGAUUCCGCAUAGGCUGAUCAUGUGUAGUAAACCUGCUCCAUUUAGAACGCAGGACCCGGGAAUUUGAUGGAGAGAAUGCAGUGCACGCAGUUUAGAUCGGCUUUAAGGAGGCAUUCGAUUGCGUACCACAUCAGCGACUACUGCACAAACCUAGCCCAAAUGGCAUUAGGGGUAAUAUCCUGAGGUGGAUUCAAGCUUUCUUAAUCGGUCUCUCUCAAAUUGUCCACGUCGGUGAGGGUAGCGGUUGAAAGCGGUGUUCCUCAAGGCCUCGUUGUUGGUCCUACCCUGUUCGUUGCGUACGUAAACGGCUACGUCGGUGAACUGAAUUGCGAUGUCACCAUGUUUGCUGGUGAUGUUAAGCCUUGGAGCGUAAUUCGGACUGAAUUUGAUGAAGAGCGUUUAUAGGCAAAUCUGUGCCGGCUUGAGACUGGCUUUUGCCGUUUGAUGUGACUAAGUGCAACAUUCUUCGAGUCGGUGUAAUCCGAUCUCCAAGCCGCAGGGUUUGCCACCUGAAUGGCAUACCAUUGCAGGAGGUAGACGCCCAUAAAAACCUGGGUUUGUGGAUCACGGUUUCGCUUAGGCUGUCGCUGCACUGCUCCGAGGUAGCGCAGUCAGCCUUGUAUCUUGUCAAGCGGGCCUUCUCUGCCUUCGAUGAAGACAGCUUCACCAAGGUCUUCCGAUCAUUUGUGCGACUACAGUUAGAGUUCGCUAUUCGAGCGUGAAAGCCUUGGACAUCUAGAGACCUCGGCACUUUCGGGAUGGUUCAAUGGCGUGCAACCGAACUCGUUAGUGGACAGGACUCCUGAGCCUACCAAACACGCUUAUCUAGUCUCUAUAAUUCUCCUUUGAGCUAAAGACAGCCAAGAGGUAACUUGAUACAAACAUUCCGCAUAAUGCGCGGUCAGGACUGCUGUCUUUUACCUGCUGACUUCUUUGAGUUAGCGACCACAAGGAAAUUCCGAGGUCAUCCACUCAAAGUAUGUGCGACUGUCGCCAUUGUGGUUCUUCUUCUCCAACAGAGUGGUUGAAGCUUGGAAUGUCCUGCUUGCAGAUAUCGUUAUACCCACGUGAAUCAAGGUUUUUAAGCGCAAGCUGUAUCGGUUUACCUCCUCACAUCAUAACGUCACCCAGCCGACAUCGCCUUAGCUAUCCGUGUUAACAAUUUAUUAUUGUCACAAUGUUACCGUCCACAUUUUAGUAACGUUUAUUUUUUCUAAUUUAUUGUCCCAAAUUUAUUGCACGCAAACAAUGACAUUCACUUCGGCUCCUUCAGAUAACUGAAAUCGCACCAAUUUGUCUAUAGCACAAGUAUUUAUAGACUGACGGUGUACAAUGUACUUAGUUUCCGUGUUUAUAACACUUGGAGUAAUUCAUUUAUCUGUACAGUUUUGACAAGUAUUCUGUGACUUUUUGGUGUUUCCGUUUUCCAACUUUUGGUGCUCUUCCUAUCCUUGUACCCAAUGGGGAGUCCAAUGGUGCAACACCUACAUUUCCCUCAAAUAGGCUGAACUGAACUGUGCCAGAAUUUAUUUUUUGGUCCAUUUGCCUGUUCCGCAAUUUUUCUCUUUUGCCAUUCGUUCGCUCACAAAAAAAAACAUUUAAAUUCCGUCAAUGGGCUCUCAUGGUCAACAUUACUACAGACGAUUGCAGGCGGUGGUCAAUUUCUGGACUUGAUUCAUUGUCCUGGCCCUGGCGUGCGCCGAGUUUCGUGCCAGGACAGGUUUUCUGGGAUACGUUUAUCGCUAGGUUUUUGUUUAGUUAUUUAACCGAAGUUGUCAGAUGCAAUUGUGUGCAUACCCGGCGUUUGUGUCCGCACUUACACGCUGACUCGUUAAUCUGGAGAUUACAGCUUUUGAGACGGGCUAUCGCGGAAUUAACACUAUUCGCCCGAACGGUCAGACAUAUGUACAUGCCAUGGAGUCCGCAGUGUAUUUUUUCUGCGCUUUGGCUCCGUUUCGCCGCGUCUGCCAUUAAAAUCCACCACCGGGUAUAUAAUUCAGAUUCACUCCACACCAGUCUUCCCUUUUCCUAAGCGGUAUUCAGCCCUAUCUACCUCGCCCCGUCAGGUAGCUUCAGGUUAGAUGCGGCCAUCGACUGUGACUAGUUUUAUUGGCUACUGAACAAAACACAGUAGCUCUUUAGAUUUAAUUCGGUCGCUUACCCGACCAGGAAAAAGAUGCCGUGAUGCGGAAUUGAAAUACUAGCCUCCCAGUUACAUGUCCCGAUGUGCAGUCAGCCGGGUUUUGAUGGAAGAUUUUAGAGGCGAUUUCGGCGUCUGCAACUGGUUUUGAGGAGCUUAGUUCCUGAGCCUUCGUCAAUUUUUACUGAGCUGUUAGUACCAACCAAAGCCUCGUAUGGUUGUCCAUCCAUAACUCAAAUUCAUAAAACGGGUACUAGUUUCGAUACGCAGAUACACUGAAGAAACGUUGUCGAGGGUCUAAAGUAAAGGUGAGAUGCCCGUCUUCGCUGGUGAUAAUUGUUGUCUUUGUAAUAUGCGCGUAUAUCUCCGAUAAUGAGAACCGGACCAGACCAGUGUGAAACGUGCACAUGCGCUGUUUAGUCUCGUCAGUCGCUCCGCCAGAUCCCGACUUUGACCCUUCAUGGCUCUGUCCUGACAUUGAGGUUAUCGGACAUAUUUAAUGUACCGUGCAAUUAUUCGCCUGUACCGUGCGUCAGUCCGGUCUGUCCUUCUUUAUGGUUGUGAAUGCUGGGCUUUGCGCGUGGUGGACGAGCGCAAACUGGAGGUAUUUGACCACCUCUGCUUGAGGACCAUCCUUCGAGGGAAGUAUACCGAUUUCGUCUCAAAUGAGACAGUCCGCGCUCGCUGUGACAACAUUGCAAGGAUAACCCAGGCCAUCCAAGAAAGAAGAUUGAGGUGGUUUGAGCAUGUUUUUCGUCGUCCACCUCAGGAGCUCAGUGUUACUGCCCUCGAUCCGGCACCGUUGCCCCAUUGGAGGCGUCGAAGAGGGGGUCAGUUCAAAACCUGACCCGACACAGUUCGUCAAGACAUUGGGGUGGCUCUUGGACCUUCAGUAUUCGGUCUCCGUCGUUGGCGAAGAGAAUUGGUUGAGCCGUCCAGAUCUGCUGCCGCGGGUCGUCACGCGUGGAGAGGUACAGUUCGUGACAUCAUAGAGGCCGGCUAGAGCAGGCAUAAUCGCAGCCGUAUCAACACAAUACACACACACUGUCCUGACACCGGUUUCUGGUUGGCGAGAAGGGAGGGAGUGUGGUAAAUGCAACCCAAGUCACCGUCCAUGCGCCCAUCAGGCUUCGGGGCACACGGUAGACAUCGUCGUUCGCUAUUGUCGGGCUGUCAAGUGACCACAGUGUAUCCUAUAGGUCACUUGAGAGCCUUAGUCGGUGUCCACACCGUGAGCUACGUCAACCACUGUUCGACUACCCGACGCUUGUCACUAACCCUGAUGAAUACCUUCCUAUGCCACUUUCUUUCCCACGUCGCUAAUGUCCCUAGCCCCAUUCCCACUUCCGACCCAACCACCUUUUCUUCGCUUGGGAUUUUUAAUGAUACAUGGGCGGCUGCUACUUUUUCAUAAAUCGAUACCCAGUCGGAUUCAGGCUGCAUAUCCAAACAGGGUCAAGGUCACCAAUUCCGGCUUACCGGACGAACACGAGGAGCUUGCGUGGCUCACACCUCAGGACUUUUCGCAGACUUUUCCCUGGAGGCACAACCGUAGCCCCAGAGUACAAAAAGUGGUAGGAUCCCAUCUAGAACUAACACACACAAUCCGGAGGCCACACUGGUACGGUGAUAUUAGUAAGACGAGAUUUCUUGUUUUGAAUAGAAGGGAAAGCGAUCACUGGAGCAAGGGCUUUGUUCACCUAACGGUUCUUAUUCUCACUUGAGCCCAUCAUCGGAGACAGGGACAGACCCGUUUCUGUCACUGUCUCUGAUGGUGGGUUCAAGUGAGAAUCCGAAACUUCCGGCGAUUGCGUCCUCUCCUUUUUCUUCUUUUGAUUAUUAUUAUUAACAUGUUCCUGGAACUCACAUUUUCGUUUGCAUCGGCAAUUUAUUGUUUUCCUGGGCUAAAGUUCUGUCCUCGGUGCUGGCAGUUAGGGGCCUACGAAGUCCCCAGCCUCCGUAUGAGCGCUGAAAGAUGCCGGGCUGCAAAAUUAUCGCACUUCGACUGUGCUUUCAAAUUCAAGGGAUAAAAUGGAUAAUCUCCAAGUAUCCACCUCGGCAAAAACACCGAUAAAUCAUCCAGAGUGGGCCUGUGAAAUCAAGGGGUGAGACGCUGUUUGUUUUGUCUGUGUGGCAUUUGGCAGUUUUGCCUAGCAACUUCACCGGACCGCAUCACUGCAAAGCGAGAGUGGAGACUCGUGUGGCGCGGCUUGCACUUCUAAGAACAAUUGUUAAAAACAAGUUUUUUUGGGGGCGAAGAUCAGAUUGUACCUCUUAUGGCUGAGGGUUACUAACGACGAACGAACUUACCAGUUCUGCUCGUGUUAUCCCCCGGCACCUUAGCGGUAAGCGACGCUAACCACCGUUCAGAUGACCUGGGGUUCGAGCCUUACAGCGUCUGUCUUUGGCCCAAAAUGUAGGCAACCCUCUUCCCUCGGGCCUAAAUCUGUGUCCAGCACGUAUGUGGCAGGCAGGAGACGGGGGCUUCUUUCUUGUCAGCCACUUUGUCCACAGUCGUUUUUGUUUGGUCCCCCUAUCGUCAUACGGUAUGGGAAGGAGCGGAGAGUAAGUUCAAAUCCGUGCCUGCGUUCCUCACUAAAAUUCACCUGGUAUGUUUCUAAACUAUUGCCUUUGGCCCAAAUGUGAAAGACUCAGUGCCUCAGUGGGAUUCGAACCCACGACAGGAAGGUGAAGGCUUUAGUACAGCCAACGCUCCAUCCACCUGAGCUACGAGGCCCUGCCGGACGACGCGAGUUUAAUCAAAUUUGGGUCAAGUUUACCCAUCCAACUUACUGCAACGUCUGGAAUCUACCAAAAUAUCACGACCCGCCAAAUAUUGCCUAGAGGGUUGCCGACGUGCAACAUACUUUAUCGUCAGGACCGGAUUGCAAUGAUUCCUUUUCAUGACGACUAUUCUCACAACUGUGAGCGAGGCCUAAUUAGUGCUGGCAAUCUGACUAUCGCUCGCAAAUGGCAACGAAUGUCUAGUCCACUAUUGUGCCAACUCCUGAACCUUUACCUGACCUUAGGGAGGAAUAUGGCUACUACUGCUUCCCUCCCCUAACUACAGAGACAGGCGACUAACCCAGUCGAACUAACUGAACGUACGAACACGCGCAAUAAAGGAGCAUUAAUGGAGGGUCUUCCCUGAGCGCACAAGGCCAGCUUUUGUAGUCGGAUAGUGACUGAUUCUGCUAUUGCUAACAGACGCUAGCCCAGUAGCUCAGCGUAGCUCGAGGGGACUUCAUAAAUCACAUGAAUGACUUCGCUGGAGUCCACAUGGUUCCCGGAAUCAAUAACAUGUGCGAGGACAACGCUGUUUAUGUCCCUAACUUCGCCUUUUCCCAGCCAUGUCGGGAGGUGUUCUCGUAUUCUUUUGGAUAGGUGUCGACUCGUGCGACCAAUAUAGCCUACUCCAUGAGAGCAAGUGAAAGAGUAAAUGGACAUUGAGGUGGUCGGAGAUGGCAUCCUAUCCUUACCUUCUCCGCACAAAAUAGGAUUAGUAGAGAAUAGUAUUCGAACCCUUGCUGCUGCGAAGGUUCGUGAGGCAGCGUAAUCAACGCAUCGACUUAGGAGUUCACUCGCAGCGUUCCCCUGAAAAAGGACUUUCACGAACAAAGCUUUCUUCUCGGCAGUCAAUAUGGUGGGUUAUUUUGCUCUCUCUACAAUAUUCUUUACAAUGAACCUCUCAUGAUAUCCAUUUUUACGAAGCAAGUCUACGAGGGUUCGAAGUUUAUCCUCUAUGCUAUUUGCCGAACAAUCUGUUUUAGCCUUUUACGCCCAAAACCGGACUAGACUUCGUUUUUUGCUUUAGGGGUAUGAAACCGCCGAAGUUCUUGUAUUGUCUGGACCAUAUUUUUGUCGAUAGACGCUCAUUCGUACGCUAUCGCCAGGUUUCCUUUUUGGAAGUACAUCUAUGAAGGGAAGCGAACCAGCCGUUUCCAUCUCUAACGUCGAAUUGAUCGACGGUUGUGCUUGAUUGAUCGCACUUUUGAGGACAGCUACGUCGAUUUCUGUGCUGGCAAUUGCCAAGAUGUCAUCAACAUGGCGACCGCAAUGUCUAAGCUUAUUGAUUUGAUCGGCGAGUUAAAAUUCCUCCAGCUUGCCCAUAAAGAGCGGUUAAGACAGGUCUAAGAGGCGAAAUUGUAGAAGCGCCGUCUGUUUGUCUAUGAGAAUUGGCUGUCAAAAAGGAACUGCACAUUUAAUGUGAAUCUUAGUAGUAGCUCAGCAAGUGUGCCGUCGGAAUCCUUAUUUUCUACUAGAUUUUUACCGUCACAACUUGUUUAAGUAUACCCUUCGUAACUUGGACAGGCACACUCGUUUUGUGACUAAUUUACGGACAUUUGCUCGGGCCCAGGUAACUUGUCUCACGGCCUAUCCCCCCACCGAAAAUUCGACUUUUAAUUUUGUAUAUCCUAGCAUCCCCCUGGCCUCUCGUGUUUGUGUCAAGCUGUGAUUAGUGACCUUGACCUAAUUUAGGCACGCCGCCUGAGCCCGGGUGAGUAUUGAUUUUUGCUCAAGACUGUCCGCGGCUGCCCCUGCGACGGGUAGUAUGACAAGUAGGCCGAGGACGUCUCUGCAAACUGGAAAAAACGUUGGCCUGCCUUUCGCAGACCAGCAAGAGUAGACACAUUUUCGCACAGGAAUCAAGAUUCACAGACAGGCGUGUCGGAAGAGGACACGGUUUAGUGAGGCUCCACCCACAAAAGUUUUUAAGUCUGAAACGUGCGUCUCCUGAAAGAACUUCACAGACAGAGGCGUAGGACAUCACUGGGGCGAGAACGCACUUUUCCGAGCAAAAAAAAGUAAGGGGAGCUCUCAGUGAUCACGCUUUCGUCGUCCUAAGGAUUGUAAAGCUCUCAGAUUUCGUUAAGCAGAGGGAGCAGCCAGACGAUUUUCAUUGCAUCGUAUGUAGCUCAGCGUAUGCAGGGAACGAAUCUGGUGGCAGAAUCGCGCCACUCUUUUUUGGGAAUGACCUUUAAGAGCUUCUUUUCCCCAGACAACACACGGAACUAAUGCACGGACUUCUCUGGAGCUACUGAACUACUGCAGUCGUUAGUUCCCAUCUGAAACGAAAAAGGUCGUUAGUAAACCAACUGAUUAUUCCGCCAAAAACAUUCCACCAUGAACGUCGAUAUUUUAAAUUUAUUCCUACCGCUAUAGAAGAAGGCAAAAGGGAUCGUUCGGUGCCUAGCUCAAUCCACGUCUGACUUUUUCAGUUUUUCAGAGUAAAUAGCAAUUAUUAGGAAUCAACUUACUGUCAGUUUUUUUCUACAGAAACGUACUUUUCGGGAGUUGCCAAAACGCAAUGAGGAGACGCAUUUCACUCAAAUAGUUAGUUUCACAAUGAAAGUUUUCAUAAGUGGCUGGAAAUAUCUUAAAUAUGGAGUCAUUGUGCCCCUAUUUACGCAACUGCUUCAGGUUUUUUCUUUGACUGGUUGACGUUUCUGGAUCAGGACACGGGAAUAUUUAUCCCUCCCGGAAUUUUUUCUCGAGGGCAUCUCUAUUACUGGGUGAGGGGGACUCCUAUUCCCAUGUCCUACCAAGAUUUUGUUUAAAUACUUGGUUGAGGCUAUUAGUCAGCAAUUAACCAGUUUUCGCGCAUGUUGUGAAUUAAUGAAAAUUACCCUUACUGCACGCACGCCCAGCUUCCGGUGGGAAGCCUGCAAAAUUCUCAUCAAAAAAUUUUUGAGUGUUUGGAGGUUUUGCAGAUGAAAAGCAGUGGCCAAAUAUCGCCUUGAUUUCCAUCAUCUCGGCCGCAGAAUUUAUUGCUGGAGAAAUUGGUCCAUAAACACUGAGUCUAGACAGUAAAAUGAGAUCAGAGAGGCCUUUCGUCGUAAUUUCUCAGUCCCAGGUUCCAGAACGGCGAAUAGGCUGAGUCAGCCAGAUGCACUUUGGCCUCUGUCAGCGUCUAAACGGUGGUAAUAAAUCUCAUCUGCAAGCAGACAGUUAAAUUUGCAAUGCUGUUCUAAAUUCGGCAUCGGUUCUACCUGCCUUCUGGUUGCAAGCCUCUGUGCUGGUCCAGGAGAACUGCAACGGUUGCUGGCUAUGACGCACUAAAAGAAACACGUUUUGAUGGCGAAAGUUAGACAGACAAAUAGCAAUCAGGACUACUCGAAAACCCGGUUUCAGCUUCUAGCUCCGGACGAGGAGAGUGAUGUGUUACAACUGCCUGGCUCGGCGGGAUCAGGUGUCGCUUUUUAAUUCCCUCAGAAAUUAUCUACGAAGUUGGAGUAGAUCCGUUUAUUCAAGGUCUAUAGGCUCAGACCGAGAAAUUCAUGUAUGAAUAUAUGGACCAAAGUCCAUCAGCCACGGCGUGUAACCGCGUAAUAUUCAUUAACUGUCGGCAGACAGCUAGUAGUAUACUUUAGGGUAAGGUGAUACCAUACUAACAGCACAGGUACUAGCCAAAAGUCCAUACACGCGUGUUUCUCCGAUAUUCUACCGCUGCAUGGCGCAGCCGCGAGAGGUUCGGCUCGUCAGUGACAGUUAAUGAAUAUUGCACGGUUACCGGCUGUGGCUGAUGGAUUUUGGCCCAAAUAUUUAUUCAUAAAAUUCUCUGUCUGAGCCUAUAGACCUUGAAUAAACUGAUCUACUGCAACUUCGUGGAUAAUUUCUGGAGAAAUUAAAAAGCCAAAAUUUUUAAAUUGGAAUAUCUACCAGAAAACACACGGAGAAUGCUGGGGUACCCACUGACGAGCCGAACCCCUCGCGGCUGCGUCAUGCAGCGGCAGAAUAUCGGCGAAACGCGCGUGUAUGGGCUUCUGGCUAGUACCUGUCCAGUUAGUAUGGUAUCACCUUACCCUAAAGAGAUCGGGUGUGCUUGAAAAGUGGCUUUUUAAGUCGUCGUCAAGUUAUCGUAAUUAGUUACCAAUUUUCCAAACAGUCACCCGAAGGCAAUCAAUAGUCUGAGGAGUUUAAAAUUACAUUUUUUCGAAGGCUUCUAUCAAACAAGCAGCAAUUAUUUUCCUCAAAACCUUCGUCUUUUCCACAGCCUAGUUAUAUUUCAUGUCAAAAACCCAUUGAUACUUCAGCACAGUCUUAAAUACCCGUGAGUACACCCCAGAUGGCGCUGUCCAGCGUGCUUUGGUCACGUGAAGAGGAACAGGCUUUGUACGGAGUCCUCUUUUAGUCGCAGAAGAAUUCCAUGUGUUCACAUUGAGCGUUGUCUAGACGGUGUAGCUUUGCGGGACCCAAUGACGAUGGGGCAGGUCUUCGUUGAUGAGGGAGGGGACCACGAGUAUCCUAACGAUACUACCAGGGAAUUUCUUACGCCUUUUUGGAACUUGUCGUGCCGCUGCUUAAGGAGUCACACACAUCCAACAAACGUUCACUAAAAUUAUACGCUUUCCCACUGACCCAAGUCCUCAAGUCAUGCGCUCUCUAAGAAGUGGUUCUUUUGACAGUUGUCGAUGGUCAACGAUGAGAUUAUCGAGAAAAGGCAUUUAUGUAGCCAAAGAUGCUGUAACGAACACUGCUCGUGAUGUCCAAGUAAAGGUCAUCGUACAAAGGAGAGGGUAAGUGUUUACCACUAGUAGUGACAUUGUAGUGGGCACUGAUUUUUUCAACUGAGACCGAAGUCGCCGGAUGUUCGAACUGUUCGUCUGUGGAGAACCCUCUUCCCCCUCCUCCAACCCUUCCAUACAUUUAAAGCAACCAGGAGUUGCGCAUGGAUUAGCCCGACGCAACAUCUAACGCAUGACUCGGGAUCUCGGCUGAAGGUCGUGCUAAGCACAUGUCCAAUCUGACAUGUUUGUAAACUAAGUGAGGGGCAGGAAGCAGGCGAUUACUUUUAAGACAUUGAACUAACGAGGUACGGUACAUCCGGUGCGUUUGAACCAAUAAAUUCCCCUUAUUUGUCAUGGCUUGAAAGGCUGCCAAUUGACAUAUUAACUUAGCCCUUCGCGAGACUGAGAGUCAGGCUGCAAUUGCUUCCUCUUAAUAUGGCCUUCCUGGCAUUCUUGCCGAUGUGGGAUCCAAGAAACCUCAGGAAAUGCAGUCUGGCACGUGUUGGGUGGGGAUCUGGUCGACAGCGACACGCGUAAACGGGUAUUUCAGCUUUGACGGCCAUUGCACCAGAAAGUGCCCCGCCCCUCAGCUGUCUCGGCUUUGUCUUGCCUGUGCAGCAAGGUGGGUGAGAGAAGUGAUGGUGUGAAAGGUCCUGCGUAAGUUAGUUUCACGAUAAACUAAUUCAGGAGCAAGUCAUCACUUUUGGGACCAUCCCGCAGGGUAGUGGUGGUGGUUGUGUUGGUGUUGGUGGCGGUUGUGGCGACGGUGGUGGUGGUGGUGGCGGCGGCGGCGGUGGUGGUGGUGGUGGUGGUGGUGGUGAUGGUGGUGGUGGUGGUGGUGAUAGUGGACGUCGUCUCUUGCGACGGCCGAGCCGUUAUGUUACCAUCGUAUCGCAACGAGCGACACUUCGUGAUAGCACUUUCAGGCGCGAAAGCAUCGAUGGCGACGUGAUGUGA